CAUGGCUCUGGUAUCGGCUGACUCCCGCAUUGCUGAACUUCUGGGAGAAUUGCAUCAGCUUAUCAAACAGACCCAGGAGGAGCGGUCAAGGAGUGAACACAACCUGGUGAACAUCCAGAAAACGCACGAGAGGAUGCAGACCGAGAACAAAAUUUCUCCGUAUUAUCGGACCAAGUUACGCGGCCUCUACACCACAGCCAAGGCUGAUGCGGAAGCUGAGUGCAACAUCCUACGGAAAGCCUUAGACAAGAUUGCAGAGAUUAAGUCUCUUUUAGAAGAACGGCGGAUUGCCGCUAAAAUUGCCGGUCUCUACAAUGACUCGGAGCCACCGCGCAAAACCAUGCGCCGAGGUGUGCUGAUGACGCUCCUCCAGCAGUCGGCCAUGACUCUUCCCCUGUGGAUCGGGAAACCCGGAGAGAAGCCUCCCCCGCUCUGUGGUGCUAUCCCUGCCUCCAGCGAUUAUGUGGCCAAACCGGGGGACAAGGUGGCUGCCCGUGUCAAAGCAGUAGACGGAGACGAGCAGUGGAUCUUGGCUGAGGCAGUGAGCUACAACCACGCCACCAACAAGUACGAAGUGGACGACAUUGAUGAAGAAGGGAAAGAGCGCCACACCCUGAGCCGAAGGCGCAUCAUCCCCCUGCCCCAGUGGAAAGCCAACCCCGAAACUGACCCGGAGGCCUUGUUUCAGAAAGACCAGCUGGUCUUGGCGUUAUACCCACAGACGACCUGCUUCUACCGAGCGCUUAUUCACACCCCUCCGCAGCGGCCCCAGGACGAUUACUCGGUGCUGUUCGAAGAUACGAGCUACGCAGACGGCUACUCUCCACCCCUGAACGUGGCCCAGCGCUACGUCGUGGCUUGCAAAGAAACCAAGAAGAAAUGACAGUGCCUUCUAGUGGCUGGUAGUGGUGUAGGCAUAACAAAGGACCAGCUCUGGAGAAUGGGGUGU